CCUUGACAACUUUUAAACGUUGAAGGACAUGUUACGAGAUUACUUUCAUAUACAAGACACUAAUAUUUACUGAUUGGAUCUCGCAAAACCGUUCAGAUAUCAUCAUCACCUGUCUAUUGCUGUUAAUAAGCCCAGUUGUUUAGUCAAAGUGAAGAACAACUUUGUUCACAACCUUUUAAAUUAAUGGACAGCUUAGAUCAUCAAUAUGAAGUUGAAAGCUUACGUUCAAACUUGUUAACAGCGAAUAGUGUUGCAACUGAAUUAGAAGCUAAACUGAAUGAUUUACGUAUGAAAUACGAUACAGAUUGUUGUAAAUAUGAAGAAAAGAUUCAAAUUUUAACAGAACGAUAUGAAAGACUGAUGUCAAGUCAUCAACGAUUGAGUAAACUAAAUCAUGAAUUAGAAGAACGUCUUUUGAAUACUAUCGAGAAGUCAACAUCUGAGAUACAACAGUUAACUGAAGAAUUGGAAUCGACUAAAAAUGCUCUAAGGCACUCUCAACAAUCCUUAAAUACUAUUACACAAGAAAGGGAUCGUUGUAAAGAAGACUGUAUUUCAGCAGUUAGAUUACUUCAAGCUAAUCCAAAUCAAUUCUUAUCAGAAUUACCACGACCUUCUUAUAGAGAUAUUGCAUGGAAUAUAUGGUUCUAUGCAUCUCCAUCAGAUGAAAAUAAACAGAUAUUAUCAAAUUUAAACAAUGGUGAUUGUUCUCAAGGUGCAAGUAGCUCGUUAAUUUCUUCAAACAGAACAUCAAUUUUUUCAACAUUUUUACCAACAUUUCCACCUGUUGGUUUAUUCAAUGGUUUACAAAUGGAGAGUAAUUCAUAUAAUAAUGUAUCUAAUAACAAUAAUACGAAUAAUAAUAAUAACAAUAACUAUGCACUAUCAGAUAAUCCAGGUGUUUUAAAAUCUUCUCUCAUCAAAUCUACAUUAUCGUCGAAAUCUAGUGCAAUAGUUGAUUUAUAAUAAUUCAUUAUUAUUAUAUGUACAGAUAUUGAUACUUUCUGCCUUAUUUAAGUGUACUUACUAGUUCUUUCUGUCUUUUGUUUAAAUUUCAAUUUUUUUUUCAUUAACCUAACACCUAAUCCUCACCAUCAACCCAUCCCCCACCAGAUAUGAGCUGUUCUGUGAUUGACGUUUUGUUUUUGGUAAAACAAUGUUUCGUUAAUCUACUCACAUAUUCUUCGUUUUCAUUGUUACUGUGAUCCCCGGUAGCUUAUCUUUUAUGUCUGUGAAAUCAUAUGAUGAAUAGAGCUUACGUGUAUACGAUAGUUAACUAAAACAAACAAUAAAGAUGAAUAGUUCAAGGUUUGUUGAAAUAUUUGCCGCUACAUUUAACGAAGGUGAUGGUUAGCUAUAAAAAUAU